AUGCGCGGCCUCCCCGCGAUCCUUGUCCUCGUCUUUGCCACUGCAUCCGGGAGCUCGCCGUCGAUCGUUCGCGACGAAAGAGUCGUUGUCAGAGGAAGCAGAGCGGUGAACGGGGCGAACUCGGUUUAUCGCUACCAGGACUACCCGUACGAGGAGGACUUGCCGAUUUCCGACGAUGACGCCGGUGACGGCGAUCAGGCGCAGUUCGCGAGUUAUCUGGACGAGUUGACGAGGAGGAGGCGGGUCAAGGAGGCCGACAGGGACAAGGACGCCGAGGGGUACCGAACGGGCAGACGCAUGAAGAAGAAAAAGCUCAAUAGUGUCGAACAGGGCGCUCUGUUGGUCCAGGCGCUCGGCAAGAGGCAGAGGAACGCCACGGGUGGCGGUGCCAACGAUUACCGGGGUUACCAAGAACAAUCCCCCGAGCUGCAAAACGGGAUCAUAGACCUACUUGGGCGAAUGAUACCCAAGACCUGCAAGUACAAGGGCGCCAAGUUCCAGUGCGGCCUGAGCAUAAGCUGCGUCCUGGAGGGCGGCCGGCCGCUCAACCUCUGCUCCGGGGGCAUGAUAUGGAGUUGCUGCAUCGACGACGACGACAUCCCCGACAAGAUUCAAAAGCCCAACGUCGGCCUCCUGCAGAACGCCAGCUGCGGCGAACUGUACACGAGGAGCAAUCGAAUAGUCGGCGGCCACAGCACGAGCUUUGGCAGUCAUCCCUGGCAGGCUGCCAUCGUAAAAACGGCCUUUCUGUCGCGCAAGCUCUCUUGCGGUGGUGCUCUGCUCAACAACCGCUGGGUCGUCACGGCAGCUCAUUGCGUCGCCACGACCCCGAACAACAAUCUCAAGGUCAGACUCGGCGAGUGGGACGUCAGAGAUGCCUCGGAGCGGCUGUUGCACGAGGAAUUCGCCAUCGAGAGGAAAGAGGUGCACCCCCAGUACUCUCCCACGGACUUUAAGAACGACGUGGCCCUGAUCAAGCUGUCCAGGACGGUCGAGUUCAAGCAGCACAUAGUCCCGGUCUGCCUGCCGGCGCGCAGCCUCAAGCUCCAGGGGCGCACGGCCACGGUCGCUGGUUGGGGCAGGACGAGGCACGGUCAGACUUCCGCCCCCACCGUCCUGCAGGAGGUCGAUGUCGAGGUCAUUCCUAACGAGAGGUGCCAAAGGUGGUUCAGGGCCGCCGGUCGCCGCGAGACGAUACACGACGUCUUCCUCUGCGCUGGGUACAAGGAGGGAGGACGCGAUUCCUGCCAAGGGGACUCUGGCGGGCCCUUGACGAUGUCGGUAGAGGGCAGGCACGUGCUCAUCGGUCUGGUGUCCUGGGGCAUCGGCUGUGGGCGCGAGCACCUACCCGGGGUCUACACCAACAUCCAGAAAUUCGUUCCUUGGAUCGACAAGGUCAUGAGCUAG